AUGGGGCUGGCAAUUGAAGAGGCCCAAAUUGCAUUGCUCAUCGAGGUCCGAAGAAUUGGUAGAAGAAUGACCGAGACACAGAGGUUAGACAUCGCCCGGCAACGCGAUCAUCUCCAAGGCCAGAUAGAUGGAUUCACUCGGUCUGCUAUUACGCAUCUCAGAGAGGGAUUUGAUGCAGAUGAUGAUCCUGAAGACUUGGACUUAGACAUUCUCGAUGAUCUCGAUGAUGACUUGGCAGACUUCACCGAGACAUCUGACACAUGGGCAAACUCCCCUGAGCUCACUGUAAUCCCAUUGUCAUCAAACCUCAGGGUAGAUAGAUGCAGACACUGUAUGGCAGACGAUCUCAUUCCACUGGAGACGUCCCUUCGUGAAGGGCAGGCCAAUGACUCCCUUCACAACCUCCGAAUUCACUUGUGCAACAAGGCGAUUCUGUUUCGAACAACAGUUAGGCAAGCCAAAUCCCAGGCCCUGAAAACUCGAGCUUGGUCCCAGGUGACGUCAGUGCAGCAGGCAGUGUCCCUCCAUGCCAGUAUAUAUACAAAGACGAGGAAGCAAAUGAUGCAACUGGAGCCACGGCAAGACCAGCUUCAGAAAUACAAACACCUGCUUCACGAGCAGCUCAAAAUCAGCACUGCCAUUGGCGAUCCAAAUGCCCAAGGUCAGCAAAACGAGUCCCUCGCUUGGUUCUGGUCAGUUGAAGUCGACCUCGGGGGUCCUGAUCACUCAUGGAAUGAGGAAUGUGAGUUUGGGCAUGCUUGA